AUGGACAGCAGUGGCCCACCCCCACUCUGCUUCCCCAACCUCAACUCCUCCUGCAGACGUCUGUCUCUGCCCCGCUCUGAGACCGCUCUACUUUACACUCUGCUGGCCUUCGUCUCUCUGCUCACUGUGACGCUCAACCUGCUCGUCAUCAUCUCCAUCUCUCACUUCAGGCAGCUCCACACUCCGACCAACGCCCUGCUCCUGUCCCUGGCUGUGUCCGACCUGGUGGUGGGGCUGAUGGUGAUGCCCAUCGAAGGCCUGCGCUACAUGGAGACAUGCUGGCUGCUGGGGAGGCUGAUGUGUGCUCUGACUCCUUAUGUUUCUUACUGUCUGCUCUCUGCCUCUCUGGGCAACAUGGUGCUUAUAUCCAUAGAUCGCUACCUGGCUAUCUGUGACCCACUGCUCUAUUCGUCUAAGAUCACUGUGAACAGAGUUAAAAUUUUAAUCUGCUUGUGCUGGGCUUGUUCUCUUGUCUAUAAUGGGUGUAUUCUGAUGGGACACUUAGGCCGGCCAGACAGGUUCAGGUCCUGCCACGGGGAGUGUGUGGUGGUCAUCAGCCACCUCUCAGGUACAUUAGAUCUCUUCAUCUCUUUUGUCGGACCCUGCACUGUCAUGGUUGUUCUGUAUAUGAGGGUGUUUGUGGUUGCUGUUUCUCAGGUGCGUGUUAUGCGGUUGCAGACAGCAGCCACCGCUGUCACUGCAGCUCCAGCUGCUAGGAAAUCAGAGAGAAAGGCAGCCAGGACUCUGGGGGUUGUGAUAGCUGUGUUUCUAAUGUGUUUCUGCCCGUAUUAUUAUCCUGCUCUUGCAGGUCAGGACACCUCCACUAGCUUGUCCUAUUAUGCCACGCUGUCUUGGAUCAUGUUGAUGAACUCCUGUGUGAACCCUCUGAUUUACGCCUUGUUUUACCCCUGGUUUAGGAAAGCAGUCAAACUCAUUGUCACCCUCAGAAUACUGCAGGUUCACUCCCGGGAGGUCAAGAUACUGUAAACAGGGCUGAAACAGGGCUGGCCUGACUGUCCUGCUGCAGCACCACAGAGAGCCUCCACAGUGGACUCAGGCACAGAGUUUCACAUGUUGUCACACAGUUGUGUUGUAAGCAGGUUUUUCUCAUGAAUACACACCUCGGCUCUGAGUGAAGCACAUUAACCUUGGCUAAAGUGACUGCACACUGCAAAUGUCUGAGUAUUGACUCUGAAUGAAACAUUGUGUGCACAGCCUUUGUGUCUGUGUGUAUUACCCAUAAAAAACAUAAAGAUGCAGAUCUAGAAAAGUCUCA